CUGGUCCCUCAAAAAAAAGUGACAUACAGUUGUUCAAAGCGAUUUCUGAGGAGAGCAGAGUAGGAGUGAAGCGGUUUGUGCGUGCCAGGGGCGGGCCCAGGCAAAGUACAUACCCAGGGGCAGUCUAGAGCUGGUGGGUGGGGCCUCGGCAGACUGCCCACAUUGGCUGCGGGGCUUCUUUCCCUUGCUGCAGACAUGCUGUGGAUCUUGGCUGUCCUGUCUAUGGUGUUUGCUGGCCCACAGUUGACUGUUCAUGCUCAAGGCACUGAUAGCAUCUCCAAGGGUUUGCCGUUGAGGAGGAGUGUUCGUGAAAUUGACAUCAACUGCUCAGAAGGAUUAUAUCAAGGGGGCCCAUUUUGCUGUCAACCGUGCCAACCUGGUGAACGUAAAGUUAAGGACUGCACAAAAAGUGGGGGUGCACCAACCUGCAUUCCCUGCACAGAGGGGAAGGAGUACAUGGACAAGAAACAUUAUUCUGAUAAAUGCAGAAGAUGCACAUUGUGUGAUGAAGGGCAUGGUUUAGAAGUGGAAACAAACUGCACCCGGACGCAGGAUACCAAGUGCAAGUGCAAACCAAACUUCUACUGCGAUUCUUCUGGCUGCGAACACUGUGAUCCCUGCACCUUGUGUGAACAUGGAGUCCUUGAGCAGUGCACAGCAACCAGCAAUACCAAAUGCAGGAUAAAACGUUCCAGAAAUCACCUCUGGUUGUAUGCCAUCUUUCUUUGGGCAAUACCACUUGUGGGUGUUUGUGCAUAUGUAUGUCAAAAGUACUGGAAAAGGCAUCACAAUGACCCUGAAUCUGGAAUCCCAAGUCCUGAAAGGAUACCAAUGAUUAUCUCAAAUGCUAGUUUGAGUAGAUACAUCCCAAGAAUUGCUGAAGAAAUGAAAAUCUGUGACGUUAAAAAAUUUGCUCGGGAAAAUAAGAUACCAGAAAGCAAGAUAGAUGAGAUUAAGUAUAACAGCCCCCAAGACACAGCUGAGCAGAAAAUCCAGCUGCUCCAGUUCUGGUACCAAUCUCAUGGGAAGAGUGGUGCAUAUCAAGAUUUAAUCCAGGGUCUUAAAAAAGCCAAAUGUCACACCAUAGUAGAGAAAGUUCAGGCCAUGGUCCAGAAAGACCUUGAAAACUUAACCUCAGACAUCAGAAAUGAAAAUGAAGGACAACAUCUGGAGUAAAAACUACCUCAGUUCCAGCCAUGAAGAAAGGAGAGAGUCUGCCACCCAUGAUGGGCACAAAAUGGAUGCCAACUGUAUCAACGCUGAAGACCUUCCACUGAUGGACAGUUCUUUUCCACUAUAUAUGGAAAUGUAUAAUAGAAGAAAUAUUUUUUAAAUUAAAGUAUCUUUUUUGCA